AUGAAUAUUGAUCAUGAUUAUUAUGGGUCCAACAUCGAGUGGAUUCGUGUGGAAGGCGUUGAUGAAGAGAUGCCCGACGCUGCUAGUCCUAACAACGGCAGCGGGGACGGUCCUUUUAGUGGCGAUGGUAAUGGUCACUCCAACUGUGACUGCCACAUAGUCAACGCCAACGACGACUCUAAGAAUCCUCAACCGGAUAGCGGGUAUGGUGCGAAUCGCGACUCGACUUCCCAACCUCCGGGUUCCGAUCCCAUUCCCGCUCCGUCCUCCAUGCAACCCCGACCAACUAAUGUCGCCAUGAUGUUUGUUGAAGAAAUUUCUCCUCGUGGCCACGAUUUUGGAACUCGCACGCCUGGCGGUGAUUCAUACUUGCAAACUGCCAUUCCACUAGACCCUGCGCUGGUCCCUGCACCGCCCUUGAAGCGACCGCGACUCUGUCACCUGCCUCCCCUUCAAAUGACAUCCCAAUUAUAUGAGCUAGGGACUUUUCUACAUGCUUCUCGUCAUGAGUUUUCUCGACGGGGAUAA